AUGGCUGAUGCAAGCAACGUUAAUGAUGAUGAUGAUACUGCUCGUCAAGAAGUAUUUUACAAUAAAGUCACAGAAGUGGCAGAAGGGGUUAUGCAAGCUAAUCUUCCACGAUUAGCUCAAGAAGUAGAAAGUCAGGUGUUGGGAGUUGUGGAUGCCAUGAUGACAAGCAAGAUUGAAGAACUGAUAGAGGGAUCUAAAAGUAAAAGCAAAGAACGACGGUGCACGUAUAAAGAUUUCAUGGCGUGCAAUCCCGCAACGUAUGAUGGUAAAAUCGACCCGAUCGCAUGCCAAAGAUGGAUUUCAAAUAUAGAAGCAGUAUUUAUUCGAAGCCGUUGUGAUAAUGAAGAUAAGGUGAUGUUCGUUACUGGCCAACUCACUCUUCAGGCGAAAGAUUGGUGGGAUGCGCACAGUAAGGAAAUAGGCGAGGAUAGACUUCAAAUUAUGACUUGGCAAGAGUUCAAGGAGCCCUUCAUGAGAUAUCAUUGUCCUCAGUCGGCUAUUGACAAGAUUCAGGAGGAUUUCUUACGCCCCCGGCAGAAAAAUGAGUCAGUAAACGAGAUAUCAAAUGCUUUCAUGGAUAAGAUGAAGUUCUGUGGGGAUUUUGUAACUACCGAAAGAAUGAAGAUCAAUCGUUUCUAUGGCGUGUUAAAGGCAGAAAUUAGAGAGUUCAUCACUCCCUCAAAAUGUGAAACCCUUGAUGAGCUUAUUAAUUUAGCACGGGAUAGAGAGAUUGAAAUUAAAAGGCAAGAAGAGCGAGGUGAAAAGAGACCAAGUGAAAGGGGUGCAAGUUCUAAUCCAUCUAAAAAGGGGAAGUUUCAAGAUCAAGGAAGGAAGGAUAAGUCGAAAGGUGGAAUUACUCCUUGCAAGACUUGUGGAAAACUCCAUACUGGAGAGUGUUUGUUGGGCAAAAAGGGGUGCUACAAAUGCGGUAAGGAGGGGUAUUCAUCUUAUCAAUGCCCGAACAACCCGAAGACUUGUUUCAAUUGUUUUGAAAGGGGGCAAAUCAAAUCAGAAUGCCCAAAACUUCAGCAAGAAUCGAAAAAGGAAGAUAAGAAGCAAGAGGGUUCAAGGGCUAAGGGAAGGAUGUUUCAAAUCACGUCCGAAGAAGCCAAGUCCCAUCCGAAUGUGGUCUCAGGUAUAUUUCUAUUAAACUCCAUACCGGUUUAUGUCUUAUUUGAUACCGGAGCCACUAUGUCAUUUAUCUCAAAUGAAAUUGUACAACAUCCUUCCUUUAAAGUUAACGAAUGUCGAUGCCCUUAG